AUGCUUCGACGAGCUGAUUUUUGGAAAGAAGAAGAUGAAGCACCACUUUUACGUUUAAAUCGUUCAUUUCUACCGUCAGAAAAAAUUAUCAAUGAGAUCAAAGACAACAAGGAAGAUGAUCCCAUCGUUAAUACUGAUCACGAACGAAUUAUAUAUCUUGAUGCUGAAAGGACAUUUUUGGGUACCGCUCAACGAACAACAUUAAUGAAUGUUCUAUCAUUUCUUCGUAAUGAAUUUGGUUCUUACCAUCAAGCAAUGUCCUAUGUAUCUGGUUUUCUUCUUCUUACUCAUUCACCGUCUAAAGUAAUUGAAACUAUGCGUCAACUUCAUCGAACUGUACUCAUCGGCUAUUGGACAGAAGAACCAGUUGCAUUUGCCACGGAUGCAUAUGUUUUCGAUUAUCUUCUUGCAGAUUAUGAUCCCGAACUUCAUAAACAUUUAUUGAACAAUUAUAUUUUUCCAGAAACUUAUGCACAAAAAUGGUUUACUACAUUAUGCGUAAAUGUUUUACCAUUCGAAGCACUCUUUCGAUUCUUUGAUACAUUUAUCUCUCAAUCCAUAGCUGCAUCAUCGAAUAUUUUCUUAUUUCAAUUCGCAUUAAGUCUCGUGAAACACGUCCGAGAAGAAUUACUUCAAACAAAGAGUGUAGCUACUAUCUAUCAAUAUCUACGAUUGGAUUCAUCCUUACCACAACUCAAUGCAAAAAUAGACAAAUUGGCUAUGUCAAUUGUUGAAGGAGCAAAAGACUAUGAUUUAGGUUCAUACGAUUUUACUCAAUUGCGUCAAAAGGCUUUCAACGAGAAAUUACGUGUUCGACUAGAAGCAGCCAAUCGGGCACAUCAAGAAAACAAAGAAAAUCAAAAUUCAUGUAUUACAUCGUCAGACGAUGAUGAUGAUGACGACGAGACCGAAGAACAGACUUUGUCAACAGCAAUAAAUGGACUUGUUUCUCAUAUGAAAAAAUUACAUAUUUAA